ACUUUUAUGACGUCAUCAGGCGGAAAUCGAGGGACCACUUUUUCGCUGCUUCAUACGCAGCGAAAUAUCAUGCGCCCCUUCCCCCCCCCUCCCCCUGCAUGUUUGUUGGUUGCGGUUGGUUGCUAGGUUUCCGUAGCGUCCAUGUGCCAACAUCAAAUCUUUUCCUGCUAUGACGCGUACGACAUCGCCAGGAUCGCCUACAGUUGACUGUAUAUUUGCGUCUUCAAUGUAACGUGAGCUUUCCAAGCACGCUAUCAAAUACAACUACCAAAGAGCGAGCUACCUAGAAGCUCAAAGAGUGACGAAAAUGUUUAAGAACACGUUUCAGAGCGGCUUCCUCUCUAUUUUGUAUAGCAUCGGAAGCAAACCAUUGCAAAUAUGGGACAAAAAGGUCAGGAACGGCCACAUCAAGCGCAUUACGGAUAAUGACAUUCAGUCUUUCGUACUCGAGAUUCUGGGCACGAACGUCAGCACUACGUUCAUUACAUGCCCGGCCGAUCCGAGAAAGACGCUAGGAAUUCGGCUGCCUUACCUCAUCAUGAUCGUCAAGAACAUGAAGAAAUACUUCACCUUCGAAGUUCAGAUCCUGGACGACAAGAACGUGCGUCGCCGUUUCCGUGCGAGCAACUUCCAGAGCACCACCCGAGUGAAGCCCUUCAUCUGCACCAUGCCCAUGCGGCUCGACGAGGGCUGGAACCAGAUCCAGUUCAACCUGAGCGACUUCACUCGCCGUGCCUACGGCACCAACUACGUGGAGACCCUCCGAGUUCAGAUCCACGCCAACUGCCGCAUCCGCAGAGUUUACUUUGCAGACCGGCUCUACUCGGAGGACGAGCUGCCUGCAGAGUUCAAGUUGUACCUCCCUGUCCAGGCCAAGGCCAAAGUGUGACAGACGCCAGUCGUGGGAGUGCAUCGAGCUGGCAAGACGGGCUACCUGGACUCGGACGAGACAUCCGUCUAGCCUGGCACAUAAUGUGCACCGCCGACAACACCAGGUUUCACGAGUCUCGCUGCAGUGUUUCUACCACGUGGAUUUGCAGCUGCCCCACAAGCACUCAUCACGUCGUCCGAUUCCGUUCAAUAAAUCCUCUACAGCACCUCAGCUACGCUGAA